AUGUCACCUCCGGCCAUGGCGCCAGCUCUGGGUGUGGGCGGGAAAAGCUAUAAGACAGAGUCGGGGCUUGCUCGGCUACUGGGAUCGGGUUCUGCUGGAGUCGCCGAGCUGUUGAUCUUUCAUCCUGUUGAUACGAUUGCGAAAAGGUUGAUGAACAAUUCAACGAGAGUAGCUUCAGUCUCUGCUCUCAAUGCCGUCAUCUUCAGAGAAAACGCCUCAGCCUCCGUGCUCACGAAGUUUACUUCCCUCUUCCCUGGUCUAGGAUAUGCAGCAGGCUACAAGAUCCUGCAGAGAAUAUACAAAUACGGCGGGCAACCCUUUGUGCGCGACUACCUGACCGAGCAUCACCGCCAGGACUUCGACAGCGCGUUUGGCAAAGGGACUGGCAAGGCAAUGCUCAACGCAACCGCAGGUUCUCUCAUUGGCAUCGGGGAGGUUCGUCACGAUGCUGCCUUCAAAAUCAGAUUGCAAACCAAUCCAGAUGUUCUGCGAUCACGAGGCUUUUUCCAGAUUGUCAAGGACGAAGGGUUCGGGUUGUACAGGGGCGCGGGAUGGACAGCGGCACGAAAUGCACCAGGCUCCUUUGCACUAUUCGGGGGAUCUUCAUUCACCAAAGAAUACCUCUUCAAGCUCGAAGACUACAAUGCCGCCACAUGGGUUCAGAACUUUGUCGCAUCUAUCGCAGGAGCAGCAGCCAGCCUCCUCGUCUCUAGCCCGCUUGAUGUGAUCAAAGUGAGGGUGCAGGCCCGGGACCAUUUGAACCCGGAGUCUGGCAUGCGAAUCAUGACGAACAUGGUCAAGAAUGAGGGUGUGGGGAGUUUCUUCAAGGGCAUUGUUCCAAAGAUGUUGAUGACUGGGCCAAAGCUCGUGUUUUCGUUCUGGUUGUAA